AUGUCUUCUUCAACGACCGACUUAUCUCCUACACACCUGAACGUAUCACCACAGUCCACAGCGCCCCAGGAGCUGGAUCUACCGCACGACUCCGGCCCACAGCAAGAUAUUAAACAUCAUAAACAACCUUCACAACAUAACGACGAACAAAGACCACGUCCACUUCAUAGCCAAGGGAGGGCCAAAUCCUACACGAUUUCCAAUGGGUCGCUACAUCACAACCGCUCCAAAGGUUCUACUUCUGUUUCACCAACAGCAGAAGGAUCGGCAACAACGGGUACAACUUCAUCUUCGGAAUCAUUAGUUUCCGGUACUAAAACUCCAAUCUCGUUUGAACCUACGUCACAUAUGAAGAAGGUAUCAUUCUCCAACUUCCGUCCAUUUGCCACUGGUGUUGACCUGACUUCUAGCAGUAUAACCUCUAGUGAAGAUGAACAUUUUGAAGAUGAUGAAGGAUAUUUCUUCCACCAUAAUCCACAACACUUACCUUCUACAAUCAAUACAUCUAGAAAGAAUUCUCUUAGGAAACUUUCAUCUCAUCCCAUGGGAUUUACUCAAUCCCUUGAUUCUCAAGUGCUAGCCACGUGCGAUUCUAAUUCAAGUUUACCCGAGUUUAAUAAGCGUCCUUUGACAGACACGCCUAUUGUUUCAAGUGUCACUUCACCUGUAACCCGUACUCAAUCUUCGGAUGAUGAGGAUUGUGAUGAAAAUGAUAUUACUGAUUCUGAGUCAGCUAAAGGGACUUUAAAGGGAAAACAAAGUAAUUCAACCAAUCAAAACGUUGAUAUUGAUUCUGAAUCAACCCAAGAUGAUGAGAAUACAGUUGUAGAAGAUGAUGAACAACCAUUUAAAUCCCAAAUAGCCAAGACUAAGAAUAUUUCUCAUCUCAACUUGUUGGAUUUGAAUUCAAGAUCGGUUUCUCCCAAUUCUGUUCCUACAAAAGCUCCACCACCUACUGCAGUACCAUCUUUAACUACAACCACACCAACUCCUUCCCCACCACCUUCAUCAUCUAAGGAUGACGCGAAGGAGGUUGUGGCUCUUAGACCUAAAAUCAAGGAUUCUAUAGCAGCCAAACAAAUCAAUAGUGCUAAAUUAUCUGAAGAACUCAAAUCUAUAUUAUUGACAAAACCACCCCCACCAGCCAGAAAGGCAUAUACUUUGAACAUCCCCGGUCAGACUUCUUCGAAAAUCUCACCAGAUGGACGAAUUGCUUCCGUUGACGUUGGGUCGAAACUUGUUAUUGUGAUGGUUGGUCUACCUGCGAGAGGAAAAUCAUACAUUACAAACAAACUUACUAGAUACCUCAACUGGUUGCAACAUGAUUGUAGGGUGUUUAAUGUAGGGAAUACCAGACGGAAGGACAAGGUUAAUAAUGCUGGACCUGAAGCUAACCCAUUGCCAGAUAUUCAUACACCCAAUAAUGAAAACCUGCUGAAUGCAACUUCUCCUGAUUCACAUCCAAAGUCUCCUUCAGGAACAAGUCAUAACGCUGAUUUUUUCAAUCCAGAGAAUAAUUCAUCGACUAUUCUUCGUGAGAAAUGGGCCAUGGAUACAUUGGAUCAAUUAUUAAAUUAUGUUAUUGAUGGACCUGGAUCAGUAGGAAUUUUUGAUGCAACUAAUUCUACAAAGAGAAGAAGACUGAGAGUUUUGAAACGAAUUCAAGAAAGAUCAAAUGGAGAACUUAAGGUUUUAUUUUUAGAAAGUGUAUGUUCAGAUCCAUCAAUCAUUGAAUCUAAUAUUAGACUUAAACUUUCGGGGCCUGAUUAUCGUGAUAUGGAUCCAGAAGAUGCAUUGAAAGAUUUUGUUGGUAGAUUACACAAUUACGAAAAGGCAUAUGAGACAAUUGAUGACCUGGAAGAAGCAAUCCCCGCGUUCCAAUAUGUGAAAAUGAUAGAUGUUGGUAAGAAGGUUGUUAGUUACAACAUUCAAGGAUUUCUCGCAUCACAAACAAUUUACUUUUUAUUAAACUUCAACUUGUGUGAAAGACAGAUCUGGAUCACAAGACAUGGAGAAAGUGCAGAUAACUUGAAUGGACGAAUUGGAGGAGAUUCUCAUUUAACAAAGAGAGGUGAAAAGUUCUCCAAGGCGUUACUGAAAUUUAUGGAUUUCCAAAGGAAAGAAUUCCGUAAGCAACAACUUGAAAGAUUCUCAACUAGACUUGAAUUGAAGUAUAAUUCAGUUUUCAAUAAAAUAGGAGGAGCAGAAAAGAUUGAUAGUAUUCCAAGUGAACCAAACUUUUGUGUUUGGACGUCUAUGCUUUGUAGAGCUAUUGAAACUGGGAAAUACUUUGAUGAUCAUUUAUAUUCACUUAAGGAAAUGAGAAUGUUGAACGAAUUGGGAGGCGGUAAAUUUGAAGGAAUGACAUAUGAAGAGAUUCAAAAUAAGCAUCCUAAGGAAUUCCAAGCAAGAAUCCGUAAUAAAUUAACAUAUCGAUACCCAGGAGUAGGGGGUGAAUCGUAUUUGGAUGUCUUAACGAGAUUACGACCUUUAAUUACAGAAAUUGAGAGAACAACUGAUAAUUUGUUAAUCAUUUCACAUCGGGUUGUAUUACGUAUCUUGUUGGCCUACUUUUUGAACUUAGAUAAUUCCUCAAUUGGAGAAUUAGAUGUUCCUUUACACACUCUUUACUGCUUAGAACUGAAACCUUAUGGUACAGAAUACCGCAUGUAUGAAUUCGAUGAAGGGCUUGAUUGGUUUAGAAAAGUUGAGCCAGAUCAUCAGAAAAAUGUCAAGGAAGUCGGUGUUGUUUUCAGAGAAAGAAAGUACUCUGUCGUUCCUACAGCACCUCCCACAAGCGCUCAAAAGGAUCGUACUCGGAAUAGAACAUACAGUAACACAGUUGGCGGGCAGAAUAAUCAAUUCAGUUUAAGACGCAGCCUUAGUUUUGGUGCAAAUGGUUCUACUCCAAGUACAAAACCUGAGCCUGGUGCUAUAAGAGAUGAGGGACUCACGUCCACUACACACCCUCGUCUACAUGGAUUAACUGCCAAUACUACAACCACUGGUCAAACAUCCCAGGAUUCAGGCAGAUUAUCUUCGAAAAAAUUAGCCGAUUUGAAAAAGCUACGUGGGCCUUAG